CGGGAGGAACCAAUUAAUUGAUGAUAAGUGAGUGAGUCGGUGAGAGAGUGAGAGAGAGAGAGAUCAAUUUUCGUGGUCUCCAUUUUGUUCAGAUAUAAAAGUUUGAUGUUCAUUCAUUAAAAUCAGUUAAAUUUCAUCGGUGUUUCAAUUAACUUUGAUUGUUGUGAUUAAUUUUUACUUUGCAUCCAUUGACAAUUUAACAGAAAGAUCAACAACUGAUUGUUGAUUAAUAAUUUAAUCAAAAUCUAAAUGUGUUAAUUUAUUUUUCAACAUCUUCUUCUAGUUAAUUGUUUCUCGAUUGUUAAAAGUAAACAUUUAAGUGUAAAUUUGUUAACUUUGUGUGUUAAUUAUCAGAUAGAUUUGGUAAAUCAAAUAACUGAUACGUUAAUUUGAAACAAUUAACGAUGAAGUGUAAUCAUCAUUUAAGAUCAAAUUAUCGAUUAACGGAACGUCCGUUAAUUGCCCUUUUAAUUGUUACUCUUUGUUGGAUGUUAUUUUCAGAGACAAUUAGACCGACAGAAGGAGGUAAAUUGCUGGCAAUUAAGAAAUUGAAAAAAAUUCUACCGCUAUUAGCAUUGAUGCCAAAGAAAAAGACAAUCUUGUUACCACUUCCAAUACCAUUACCAUUACCAUUACCAGUGUUAAAGUUUACCAAACAAAAGGAGUUACCAGAUUUGAAAAGUUUGCUAGCUAAAUUCAUGAAAGCCUCCGGCGGCGGUGGCGGCGGCUGGGGUGGAGGUGGAGGCGGUGGUGGGGGAGGUUGGGGUGGCGGUGGCGGUGGCAUGAUGAUGAUGCCGAUGCACGAGAUGCAAGGGCACGAGAUGGAGAUGCAAAGUGGGGAUUACUCAUCGGGCGGCGGUUCCAUGGGCGGUGGAGGUGGUGGUUGGGCUUAAAGACAAUUGUUCACAUGUUCAACUGUUAAUUGUUCAUCUAAUUGUUCAUCUAAUUAACUAAUUUUUCAUCAAAUGUUAAGUAUUCAUGUUAAUCAUGUUUCUUUUGAUUGACUUGAUCAUCUUUUGUUGGCUGAGCCAAUUUCAAGUCUGUAUUUUUAUCUCAACAAUUUGUAUUGGUUGUUUACCAUUAAAAUGAUAACUAUUUAAUUACCAAAUAA